UUUCCGGUCCUGUUGGCUUCUAUCGAGACGCGCGAGUAGGGCAGCGAGAUCUGUAAUGGCAAAGCAUGUCUUCGGAGGGGGAGCCAGACCCAGCCGCUGGAACAAGCGCAAAUACUCCAGAAGAAGCAGGAGCUACAGCUACAGCGGCUGGCGAGGAGCAACAACCAGUCAAGCAGUCUUUGAGCUCUUCCAUGUGCAGAGAGUCCCACUGGAAAUGCCUCCUCCUCUCCAUUCUCAUGUACGGCUGCCUGGGAGCUGUAGCUUGGUGCCAACUCACACAAGUCACUAAGCUCAGUUUUGACAGCUCUUUCAAAGGCAAGUCCAUGAUCUACCAUGACAGCCCUUGCUCUGAUGGCUAUGUCUACAUUCCAUUAGCAUUCCUAGCCAUGCUCUAUGUAGUCUACUUAGUAGAGUGCUGGCACUGUCGCGCCAAAAGUGAACUCCAGUACAAGGCCGACGUGGAAAGUGUCUAUGACCGAAUUGCCAGGAUGAAGCAAGCAACACCUUGCAUAUGGUGGAAGGCCAUAAGCUACCACUUUGUCCGGCGAACCAGGCAAGUGACUCGGUACCGCAAUGGGGAUGCUUAUACAACCACCCAGGUCUACCAUGAGAGAGUCAACACCCAUGUGGCCGAAGCCGAGUUUGACUAUUCCCACUGUGGGUUCAAGGACAUCUCUAAAGAGCUCAUGGGCCUGGAAUGUUUCUCAGCCACCCGACUGAAAUUCACCAAAUGUUUUAGCUUCGCCAACACAGAGUCCGAGAACUCUUACCUGACGCAGAGGGCUCACUUCUUCACAGAGAUCGAAGGGCUAGAUGACUACAUGGAGGUCAGGGAAGGCAUGAAGCUCAGGAACAUAGACUUCAAAGAGCUCAUGAUGGCCUACGGUGACCCUGAUCACCUCCCAUGGUACGUGUCCCACUAUACGUUCUGGGUGGCUGCUUUGAUGAUGGUCUCGUGGCCGCUGAGAGUUUUCAUAGAGUAUCGGACUGCCUAUGUACACUACCAUGUGGAGAAGCUCCUUGGGGUGGAGUACAGAGUGCCCACCGGGGCGGAGGAGCCCUUGUACAGGUAUCGCAUCCCCAGGGUCAGCACUCAGGACAGCACGGAGCUUGAGUGGCACAUCUGCACCAAUCGCCAGCUGAUCCCCAGCUACUCGGAGGCGAUGCUCAUGGAGCUGACCAGCUCUCCCGCCUGCAACGGCUACUCCAUGUGCAGGUACAGCGAGAUCACGCCGGGCUGCGAGCAUUGCCACCACGCUUCCAGCACCUCCUCCAUCUUCUCCCGACAUGCCUUCCAAAGCUGCAGUGGGAAUUCGCAGCUCUCCCUCAACACCAGCCGCUUCUCCCUGUGCCGGAUCCAUGGCUCUCACAGGACAGGCCUCUGGAGGAGCCGCAGCAGCAGCAUCGCUGACCGGGGUGGCCAGGACGACCCGUGCUGCUCCCACUCGAGUCAACUGGCCCUCAACGAAAACCCACCCACCUACCAUGACGCUCGGUUUUUCCCAGUGCUCAUUGUGCACAGGCCUGAAGGGCAGGAAGGGAGGCACUUCUGUCUCCGCCGAGCAUCCUGCCUGGAAACGUCACUAUGAAAGGGCACCCUGUCACUUUCCUGGGACAACUUCACUGCCAGAAGGCUGUUUGCCAG